AGACCUUCCGAACCAUCCCCCUGACUUCAAAAGGGCUUUUUUCUGGACAGACGGUCUGUUCCCGUCUCGACAUCGUUCGUUUAGGCGAAUUCGUAAGUAUUCUCGUUACUUUCUAUUUUUGAGCUCGAAUCUUUAGCCCUUGUAUCCAUGUUUAGUUGAAGUGUAUCUCGCCUUUCAGCUAACUUUCAGCGUCCCACCCCCGACGAGACAAUGAAGGAGCACAGAGGGAGCCUGCUCCGACUCCCUUAUGGCAGGAGGUCUCUUUCAUUUCUGUUACAUGAGGACAAGCUUCGAGCUUGUGGCUUGUUGGGACAGGGCCAGUCAACCUCUGACUGGUCCAGUAAAAAAUACGAACGCUGGGAGGAAGUGCCUCUGCCCACAGGCAUCCUUCCUCCGAGGAGGAAAAGGAAAACACCUCUCCCAAUUCGCUCGAGAAGUCCGCGGUCAGGGAACGAGGCAAAUGAUGAAGCCUCGGGUUCGGACUCUGAUGGAGGUAAAACCCUUCCUACUUCGCGAAUGUGGUCUCCCACUUUAUUAAAACACAGGCCCAAUAGACUAGUCUCGUGCCCACAGGAUAGAUAUCACUUCUAUAUAUGGAGUUGGGUAGAUGACUGUGUCCAUAGGUUUGAUAGUGGGCUCGGGAAAUAUGACACUAUGUAUACCACAGACGAGACGUGGAAUGGGAUAGCUGUGCAGUAUGGGACCAAUGACUAUAGGGACCUUUCGAGGUUAUCACCAACUUAUAGGGAAGGCCCUCCCCCCGCCUCUUCUGAAGACGGGGGAAUUUCAUGGUCCCCAAGCUCGAUCUCGGGGGAAAGUUCCAGCAACAUGGACUCCGACCUCGACGCCCUCAUCGACAAUGCGGGUGCCAAGAGGAGCAAGCGCCCCAGGGCAAGGGGACUGACAACCAGUCAGCCUGGGAAAAGCUCCAAGAGAUCCAGGAAAACGCCUCCUCCUCCCCCGCCGGCUUCGAGCUCUGCUGCUGCGUCGACUGGCCAGGCUAACGUCCCCACGACGAUACCACCCUCGCAGCCCAGAAGCUAA